GUGCAUGGAGAAGUUUCAAGCAGCCACCGAACAUCAACCCCGCGCACUGCGCACUGCGCACACACAGACAUAGCCAUGGCUGCUCUAGACAAGUCUUGCCUCGUCGGCCCCGUGCCGUUCAAGGACGUGCACGGGGACGACGACCAUGUGAUCUCCCCGCCGGAUGAGUACGCGGACAUAGUUUCCACCUUGCCGAGCAUCGGCAGCCCGGACCUGCACUUGCGGCUCUACCAGGACGUCUGGCUGUUCAACGAACUUGUCCCUGGGUUUAUCUCCGUCCAGCGGCGCUUCACCCCGCGGCCCGGCGACGUGCUCCUCGCGAGCCCCCCAAAGUGCGGCACCACCUGGCUCAAGGCGCUCGCCUUCGCGACCAUGGCGCGGGCCGCCUACCCGCUCUCCGACGCCGACCACCCGCUCCUUCGCCUCAACCCGCACGAGUGCGUCCCCUUCAUGGAGGCCCUGUUCAGCGCCGGCCAGGAAGCCAAGCUGGACGCGCUACCGUCGCCUAGGGUCCUGCACACGCACAUGCACCACUCCAUGCUGCCUCGCUCCCUCGCCGACAACCCCGACUGCAAGAUCGUCUUCGUCUGCAGGGAGCCCAAGGACAUGCUGGUUUCCACAUGGCACUUCAUCAAAAGCGCGGGAGGCAGCAGCAACUCAUCCUUCUCCGACCUGUUCGAGCUGGCAUGCGAGGGUAAGAACCCAUAUGGCCCCAUCUGGGGCCACAUCCUGGGCUACUGGAGAGCGAGCAAAGCAGCUCCGGAGAGAGUCCUGUUCCUGAGGUACGAAGAGAUGCUGGCCGAUCCGGUCAGCGCCGUCCGGGAGCUCGCACGGUUCCUCGGCGUGCCGUUCUCGGCGGCCGAGGAGGCGGCCGGGUUGCCGAUGGACAUUACCGCGAUGUGCAGCAUCGACACGAUGAGAGGCCUGGACGCCAACAAAAAAGGAAGCAGUGGGACGUUCGUCAAGUUCCCGCAUGAAACCUUCUUCAGAAAAGGGGUCGUCGGGGACUGGGUGAACCAUAUGUCCCCCGAGAUGGCCCGGCGCAUCGAUACCAUUGUCGAGGACAAGCUCCGUGGAUCCGGCCUCACCUUCUCGUCCUGAGUCUCACACUCUCACUUGGCAAGACCGCCCUAUGAUCAAGUUGAGCCCAGGGGCUUUGGUGUGUGCUCAUCGUGUUUGUAUCCAUUUGAUUCUUCAUUUGAAGUCAAUAAAAUUCAUUCUUGGUCAGA